CGCCCGCGACGAGCUGCGCUGCGCCUGGGCACAUAGUGCGCCACCGUGCCGCCCGCGCCACACGUGCGUGCCGAUCGCGUCUUUGUUUACGCUCCUUUGUGUUCACGAACCGCGCAAUGGAAGUUACAAGUUCUGUUUCCGUGUCCUAAUUACCUUGUGCUGUGUUAGUGUCAACAAAAUGGGCAGCGAAAAUUCAGAGUCGCAGGAGACCACCUCCACAUCCCUUGUCGAGGACUCUCUCAACAUUUCUUUCGAAGACAUCAACUACACAGUGCGACAUGGCAUCUUGGCUGGAGGACGCAAAACAAUCUUGAAUAAUGUGAGUGGGGUCUUCAACUCUGGGGAGCUGACCGUCAUCAUGGGCCAGUCGGGCGCCGGCAAGAGCUCGCUCAUGGACAUCCUAGCAGGGUACACAAAACCAUCAAACGGUGUUCUGUACGUGAAUGGGAGGGUCCGAAACGAGAACACAUUCAAACGGCGCUCGUGCUACAUCCUUCAGGAUGACAAAGUGCAAGACACUCUCACCACCUCAGAAUCCCUCACGAUAGCCGCCGAACUCAAGCUGGGCAACCACGUCAGUGCUGCACAGAAGAAAAGACGGAUAGGAGAAAUAAUCACGUCCCUCGGACUGGGCAUGGCGGAGCGGACGCGGGCGGGUCAUCUGUCCGGCGGGCAGCGCAAGAGGCUGGCCAUCGGGCUCGAGCUCGUCAGCGACCCUGACGUCAUAUUCCUGGACGAACCCACCAGUGGCCUAGAUAGUUCGAUAUCGAAGCAGUUGGUGUUCCUGCUCCACUUACUGGCUCGGCAGGGCAGGACAGUGGUGGUGUCGAUGCACCAGCCGUCGGCGACGCUCCUGCAAAUGGUUGACCGGCUCUACGCUGUCGUGGCAGGAAGAUGCGCCUACACCGGUUCAGUGCCAGCCCUGCUGCCGUACCUAGAACAAAUGAACCUAAUCUGCCCACCGUACCACAAUUGCGUAGACUUUCUUAUCGAAAUAUGCAGUGAGAAUGCAAAUGAAUUAGUAAGAUAUUCGAGAAACGGAAAGUGCGAUCGGUGGCUACAUCACAUUUCUCAUGAGACUGAUGAUAAGUUUUUAGAAAAAAAUAAUUUAAGGAGUGACGAUGUGUACCUGACUAGUUUACCGGCGCCGAAAGAACGCCAAACAAAUAAAAUACUAUUAAAACUAAAAAGCACGUAUUCCACAUCAGUAUGGAAACAGUUCACUACACUCACAAGAAGAUCUCUUUUGUCGAUAUGGCGAGACCCCUCCUUUAGCCUUACGAUAGUCGGAAUACAUUGUAUGAUGGCGUUUUUCAUUGGGUUCCUGUUCUACAACAUCGGCGAGGACGCGAAAUACGUGAGAGACAGCUACAAUAUGCUUUACUUCAGCCUUAUGUUCCUAAUGUUCACCGCCUUCAGUUCUGUUUCCAUUCACUUUCCCGAUCAAAUUCCCGUGGUGCGGCGCGAGCAUUUCAACCGUUGGUACACGGCUGGCGCGUACUACAUCGCCACACUGAUAUCAACAUUACCCACGCAGACCAUCUGCACCGUCAGCUACGCCUGCAUAGUGUACUGGCUCACGGGCAUGCCUCCCGAGUUUGUCCGCUUUGGCACUUUCUGCUGGACCUUGCUGCUAGUCUCGUACGUCGCUCUCAGUGUCGGACUCCUCAAUGGAUCGAUGUUCAAUGUCAAGAAUGGAGUGAUCUUCGGGCCGUUCUUCAUAAUGCCAUUCACGAUAUUCUCGGGCUUCUUCCUGAGGUACAGCGACGCGCCGGUGAUAUUCCGCUGGAUGUUCCACAUCUCCUUCCUGAAGCACGGCCUGGUGGGCCUGGUCUUUGCCGUCUUCGGCAUGGACCGGCCCAAGAUGCCCUGCUCCGAUAUCUACUGCCACUACACCGUCCCGAAGAAAUUCAUCGAUGACGUACAAAUGUCCAACGAAAACUACAUCAUCGUUAUGAUCGCUCUUCUCGCCAUAGGCCUCGUGGUUACGGUGCUUUCAUUUAUCAUACUAAAAAUUAGACUUAAGAACAAAUGGUGAGGCUAAUCAGGUUCUUGUCAGGUACUGGUGUUGUUAAUUUAAGAGUGCCAUAGCUUGGAUAAGUAAAUAUGAGAGUAUUGCAAUUGCGAAGUAAAGAUUUAGUCUAAUUUAGAUUAAAUCCAUCUUUAUUAGUGCAAUUUCAAGAUAUAUCAUUCCAAUUUUGUUCACUAUUGUUGGUUGUCUUCGAUGAUUUUGAAUUGUAUAAUGUGGGACAAAUUGUGUUGGUUGGGUCUAUUGGGGAUCUACUGCGAAGAUCGCUUUUGGUUAGCUUAAUCUCUUUUAUAAUUAAAACAUUCCAGGGUGAGUGAGUUAAACGAAGAGAUUCGAAUAGUUUUGUGGGAAAAGGCAUCAAAAUAUGACACCGAUGGUUUAUAAAAUAAGGGAUAUCUGGUCCAGUGCAGGAUCUUGACAGUUUACAAUUAAACUUAACAUGUGUAGCCAAUUAGUAUUAUUUAUAGGUACUUGAAAGGCUUUAGAGAAGAUAUUUUUGAACCAAUGGUGCAUUUUAUAUUGCUGAGUUUAAACGAAAAAUAGUGAAACGUAUGUAAUCAAAAAUAGUAACAUCUUAGUGGACUUCUGUACAUUCCUGAUAUGAGUUAACAGAGAUAUGUAUUUUUCCAUUUUGGUGUAAAGUGAUAUCAAGAACCAAAAUAACAAAGGAUCGAACAAGAUAAUACUAUACGAGUACAAGUACCUAGGAUUUCUUUAAAUACAAUAAGUACUAUGUACUUAAUCUGUGAUGUUAAUGUACAUAAAUAUAAAUCAAAUAUAGGUACCAAAUAUAAAUGCCUUUGUAGAUAGAUAAAUUGUAGCAUAGAUAUUAUUGAAUGAUAUAGAUUUAUACCUAAGGUUAAAAGAGAUUUUUAUACUUAUUUUAUUCGUUCAGCAAAGAACAAAAUGACAUAUUGCUAAUAUGGGAUAUUGAUACUCUGUGUCGGGGUUUUGUGAAGAUGCGUGACAGUGUAUUUGUAUUGUAUUAAAUGACGAUUAUUUAUUGUAUCACCUUUUUGUAUUAAUGCUAUCGGAUAUUAUUGCUGUGGUAGAGACGAUAUCACAUGAAACUUCUUGUUGCAAAAUUGCCCCUAAUACAACUAUGUAUAAGAUGCCACAGUGUUUAUCUUCAUUUAUUGUCCUCUGUACAUCAGAUAAGAGUAAAAGAAAUAAACUAAUAUGCAUUGUUGUCGCUCUA